GAAGCCUUCCACUAGUGGGCAGGUUCACCAUCCGCCUCUCACUCGUCUACUCCACAACUCACAAGCUCUGUUCCCUAUCCAUGUACUCGCGCCUGACUAGGGAGGUUCGACGCAAGGCCUGAUGUCCAGAAAUGGAAGGGCUGACCGCAUCGCCGCUAAAUUGAUGCCGGUUGGCUUCCUCCGAUUCCGCACGGCAAUGCCGCAAGCGGUUGCACUUUCUAAUUUAAACGGCCUCUUCUGCCCGUCGUGCUCCUGCUCUUCCUGUCAUCUUCAUAGCUUUGUCAUCCUGCGGACUUGGCUCGCUGGCACCAGGGCGUCAAUCUAGCCUUGCGUCACCCGGAUCGUGAAAUCUAAAUCCGCACCUUCACCUGUGCUUGCACCUGCACGCCAAGAAUGUCGGAUUUCACAUUGGUCGACCCGCGAGGCUGGGAAUACGACCUACACUCUGUGUAUUCGGCAUACAUUGGUUAUUUCCAGCAACAUAACAUACCGUGGUAUGAACGCUCUUGGGGGCAUCUGUUUUCGACCUUCGAGGAGUUUCUCGCGUUCUCGUGGCCCGCAAUCACAGUCACCGACGCAUGGACCGGCCGAGCCCAUAUCGUAACUCGACUCAACUCCAUCGGAGCCUUCUUAAAGAUGAUCAAGACCCGAUUUGGGGAGACGCUGCCUCAAGCACCCAAUAUGCUACAAGUAACUCCAUUCGAGACAAAUUCGCGGCAUCUUCGUACUGUCUCCGACUAUGCAAGCUACAAGAAGAUGCAUUCUACACUGCCUGCCGCAGUCCUUUCGGCGCUCAAGCAGCGUGUCCGGGCUGGAGAGCCAAAGGCUAUCCGGGAUCUUUGGGCGUCACGCGAUCGAACAUUCUUGGCUAUUAGCUUUGAAUGGAGUGAGAGGAAUGAGAAAAGUUGCUUAGAGUGGGGCUACGCUGCUGUCCGUUGCGGUCAUCUUGAAGCACAAGGGUAUUGGCCUCCAAUCCCUGAGUCGAAUUACAGGAAAGGCCACUACAUUGUUUCCGAAUAUGUCGACAAAGUCGUCAAUAGGCACUCGCCGACAUUUCCUUGGCAGUAUGUCGUGAGUCUGACCAAGGUGAUUGUCCAAUUGCUGGUUAACCCGCCCACCCAAGUUUGGAGACAGUCAAAUGUGUCAAAAAUCAAGACUGCCCCAGAUUAUCCAAGCGGUUAUCAGUCUUGCCAGCCCAGAUUCGGAGACUUUGCCGAACACAUUAACACGGCAAAUUUUGAACGUUCCCUGUUUUCGGCCGGACACCGGCCGCCCAUGAUCGAUCCUCACACGUCUGCGCCCGGGAAUCCCAAACCGCGCGGCCAAGGUUCGGUACUCAGCCUAGAUAAUCUCCUGCGCUCCCUGCCUGCGCCUGGGACAACAGACUCUGGCGUUCUUCAGACGAAUGUUGUUGUGCCCGGCCAGUUUCCCCAGCUGGGUGCGAUGAUUCCCGGCGUCGUCCUACACAACUCGGGCAACGACGCAUUUAUGUGCUUGUAUGCGCUUCAGCUGCUGCUCCAGCCGCAAGACACAUCGGCGCCAAUCCCCAAGCAACCAACAACCCGUCCCAAUCCCUAUAGCAUGCAACCCAGCAUGCCCAUCCCUAUGCCCAUGUCGAUGUCGAUGACGCUGCCGAUGACCCACAUGGCAAUGAUGGGCUCGGGACUGGGUGUUCCAGGGAUGGUCAACGAUUUCGGCCAGCUGAGCGUCAACACUAGGCAGGGCUCACGGUCUCCGCGGCCGAUCGCAAGCACGCUGGGAUUGUUGAAGGCUCCAUACGCGCUCUCAAACUCCAUCAUGCCUUCCCCCGCUCCUUUCCCCAAUCCUCAGAAUCCUCCGCCGUAUCCCGCCUUAUACUUAUAUCCCCUCAAUGAUACGUUCAUCCCAAAGCACAUCUCCCUCUUUCCCUCUGGACACAGCGUCAAAAUUGGUCGUCAGACAAAUGCGAAGACAAAUCCCGGAGAACGCAAUGGAUACUUUGACUCAAAGGUCCUCAGUCGACAGCAUGCGGAAGUGUGGGAGGAGAAUGGCAAGAUAUUUAUUAGAGAUGUGAAGAGCUCCAAUGGCACAUUCAUUAAUGGCGAACGACUAAGUGCGGAGGGCGUGGAAUCUGAGCCUUUCGAGCUGAACAGCGAUGAUAUUGUGGAAUUUGGUAUCGACAUAGUGGGCGAAGACAACAAAACUAUCAUACAUCACAAGGUGGCGGCUCGGGUUUCGUGCGUUCUCACCGAACAGCAGGCGUCUAUUGCCGCGCGGUCAGAACAGCAGCAGCAGCAGAGUCAGGGGCAAUACCCCGCAUCCAUGAUGCCACAGUCGGGGUCCGGAAGCGCUGGGCCGUUCAAUUUCGGCCCCGGUGGGCCGCAGGGACAACGACGAGCGCAAAUACCACAUCCUGGCCUGAAUGGCAUCGGUGGCAUGGGCGGCAGUGUACGACCUCCCGGCAAAAGCGGGCUCACUUUCGAUCAUAUCCUCACACGACUACAAGGAGAAUUGGCAAAAAGCAGGGAAACGGGACAUGAUUUACAAACUUUGAGCGGCGCUAUGAAUGAAAUACAGGAUACACUCGGUGGUUCUAUGCCUUCAAAUCUCCCUGUGUAUCCUCAUGCUCUUCCUUCUGUACGGCCUCCACAAUCGGAGCCACCUCCGGCUAUCGUCGCUGCUCCAGUUGCCGCCGGCCCCAGUGCGGAGAGCCUGGCGGAUCUCAGAGCGCAACUGGAUACAACACAAAGCUCGCUGACGACGCACGUUGAAAAGAUUCGUGCAUUAGAAGGCGUUUUUUCGGAGCAGGAAGCACUGAAAGAGGAGGUGCGCACCCUACGGGACCUUGUCGGCGUUUUGCAGCAGGGAUCUCGGUCGGUUGGCGAAUCUGGGGAUCACUUCGAUGAUAUGGAGGAGGAGGUGGAUCUCGAUGACGAUUCUGACGCGCGUAGUAUCGCGACCGUGAUUCCGCACUCCCUCGAGCCUGUGGACGAAGAAGACGAGGAGGAUCGAGAUGAAAUGUCGCACGAGGAAACGCUUUCGGAAUCGUCGCAUGACAUUGAUAUGGAGGCAGUCGAUGAUCGGGAACAUGCACGACCUCGGACCCCCGAACCGGGUACGCUCGGCAUGGGUCGAGGCGCUCGAUCGUCGACAUUGCGAAGUCCCAUACAGCCAUCGUCCUCGUUGACCCCAUCCUCGCCGACUGCCUCGAGCUCGAAUCAUCACGUCAUACACGAACUGACGACUCGUCUGGGCCAGAUCUCGAGCCAACUGGAGUCGGCUCUUUCUAUCUCGUCCACGCUGCAGGCCCAGCAUGCUGCUGCACAAGAGACCAUCAUUGCGCUUGAAGAAAAAGUGAAGCGGCUGGAAGGGCUUGUUUCCGCCGUCACAUCAGAGAAGACGCCCCCGGAUGUGCCGGAAACGGUCACCUCGGCUCUCAAUUCGCUCAAAAGCUCUCUGCAAGGGCAGUGGUCUUCAGAAUGGGCGCAAGAACGAGAACGGUUGAAACGUAGUCGUGAUGAAUGGGAGACUCAGAUGCUGGGCUUGGUGGAUGAACGCAUCAAGGUGAAGUUGGCCAAUCACACUUUGUUCGGGCCACCUGCCAAGUCGGUGUUUUAUCCACAUGGCAAUGGUGGGCUAGUGACACCUCCUAGUCCUCGGAGCUUGUCGGCCGACUCGAGUCCUGGCCGUCGCCGUAGGAGGCGCAGCUCAAGUCGGGGACGGUCCAGUUCUCCCAAGGGAAGCGGGAACUCGGACGGGUCCUCGGCUGACAGCGUUGGCUCUGAGGAUGCCAUCACAGAGCUGGCAAAGAAUGCCCGAGUCGUGUUGGCUACCCCGGCACCCUCAAUCUCCUCUUCUGAUGGGCGGUCACUCAACUUCGCGGAAACGCCGUCAGCCGAGGUGCGAGAUUUGCUUCUCAUUUUCUUCGGGGUAUUGAUCUGUGUUGUGCAGAAAACGCCUGCUGCCGCGGGCCAGACGAUGGGCUCCUCAGACCGAAAUAUUCAAAUCCAGACCGCGCUAGGCGUGCUAGUUUUAAGUAUGGCGGCAGCGGCGGUGAUAUGGCGGGUCAAACCCGAGUGA